AUGGUAGUUCAAGCUAUCUUACGCAAGAUCUACGUCGAUGACUAUUUAGGAUCAGCCGCGUCUGUAGAGGAAGGAGUUAAAGAAGCCAUAGCUGUCGCCGAAACUCUAGCGUCGGCGGAUCUGCACCUCCAGGGUUGGAUAUCGAACUCUCCCGAUCUCAUUCAGAAAAUUUUGGAAGGCAGAGUAGUAUCGACCACCCAAAAGGCGCCACAACAUUCCCUCACCAGCAACGAAGGUGAAAAAGUACUUGGUGUUUUCUGGAACACCACUUCAGACACUCUAGGAUUCCCAGUAAAAGGAUUAGAAGACAUCCAGUACACAAGAGUAGGCCUUAUCAGCAAGGUCGCUAGCGUCUUUGAUCCACUUGGAACUGCUUCACCGCUCAUAGUCAAGGCAAAAAUCCGUCUGAGAGAGCUCGGAAUUAAGGGACUGGAUUGGACGGACUCUGUGGACGAAGAAGAUAAGAUCUGGUGGCAAUCUUGGUUCCAGAUGCUCAGUAAACUCACGGAAGUUGCGCUUGAUCGCUGCCUAUUUCAGAAUGUUGAAAGCAUCGCGGAGUCUCAGAUCCACACUUUUUGCGACGCUUCAGAGGAGGCUUACGGUGCGUUGGUCUAUCUCCGUAACACCUAUGGUGAUGCGUGUGUGAAAAUCGUGCAAAUAAAGGGCAGCACUAAAAUUGCACCGAAGAAAUGUUUAUCUGUUCCCAAGCUCGAGCUUAAUGCAGCUUUGCUCGGUUCCCGCUUGGCACUUUUCGUCAGUAGCUGCCUAAGCCACAGGAUUUCCAGGCGAUACUUUUGGACAGAUUCCAGCACCGUAAGGAACUGGAUUAGGGCGACAGUUUCAUUCUACCAGGUGUUCGUGGCCAAUCGAGUGGGGGAGAUUCAGACACUUACACAGACCGAAGAAUGGAGAUUCAUUCCGAUGCGUUUGUAUCCAGCAGACGGAGCGACUCGGUCCAACAUAGAAGAAGAUGUGCUUCCCGAGCUUUGGUUAAACGGGCCUGGAUUCCUUUUGCGGCCAAGCAGGGAUUGGCCAGAGGAUUUGCCCUGGUUAGCUGUAGCCGAAGAAAUAAGAAAAUGUAAAGUUAAACUAACCAGAGUUGACGAGCCUCCUGAUUGGUCCAAGCUAAUGAUCGAUCAAUCCAACAUUUCGUCUGUAUUGAAGUUGGAAGGUGAGUUUUUGGAGGUGGUGAAAGCCUGUCAAUUUGAGGCUUUUGGUGAUGAGCUGAGACGUUUGGGAAAGGGAAAAGGGCUCCAUCAUACUUCCCAUCUCCUCCCGUUGAGCCCAAUUCUAGGAAAGGACGGUAUAAUACGACUAGGAGGAAGGAUUGGACGCGCUAAGCUGCCGUACGAUGUCGUCCAUCCCCCGCUGUUACCGAACAAGCACUAG